AUGGCAAACGACGGAUCCCAAGAUACUGAAAUGCCUGAUGUCAGUCCUACUCAGGAUGUCGCCUUCAAACGACGCAAAAUUCGACACGACGGCCCACAAUUAGAGAAACAAACUUCCUCUGCGUUUGAACAGGAAUUGAACGAAAUGGUGGUUGACGGUGGUGAUCAUAUUAAAGUGAAUUUGGCUCGUCCACCCGCUCCAAAGAUCGAGCCAACAAAGGAUAGAAUAGUGUUCCAACAGAUUGAAGCGGACGAGUAUAUGGAUUAUAACGAACGAAAACCAGUUGUGCGCUUCUAUGGUGUUACUGCGAGCGGAAACAGUGUUGUAUGCCAUGUUCACGGCUUUCUGCCGUACUUUUACUUUCCAGCACCAGUCGGUCUGCAAAAGAAACAUCUUCCUGCUCUUCAAGCCUCGCUUUCGUCGGCACUAGGCAACUCAUACAUGAUACAAAAUGUCGAUAUCGCUAUGAAAAAAAGUUUGUAUGGUUACCGUGGUGAUCAUAAAUCGCCCUUUGUCAAGGUUACAUUGGGCGAUCCCAAGGAUAUCCCCAAGGCAAGGAGUAAAGUGGAGAUGGGUUUCACAGUGCCUGGUUUGGAUCGCAUUUGUCGUGCCGAAACAACAUUUGAAAGCAACUUGGCAUUCUUGUUGCGAUUUAUGAUUGACCAAAAGGUCACGGGCUCAAAUUGGAUUGAACUUCCAGCAAGGACUUGGUCUUUUGUGGAAAAUCCAAUCUCAGAAGCGCAAUAUGAAGUCAAGACAUCCUAUGACAAGUUUAUAAGUCAUCAACCUGAAGGCGAUUGGUCCGGUAUGGCACCACUCCGUAUUCUGAGCUUUGAUAUUGAAUGUGCUGGUCGGAAAGGUGUGUUUCCUGAGCCGGAUAAGGAUCCUGUUAUCCAAAUUGCAUCUGUGGUCAAGAUUCAAGGCGAAAGCACACCGUUUGUUCGUACUGUCUUUACGCUAGAUGAAUGUGCGCCCAUUGUUGGCACGGACGUGCGCGUUUUCUUCAACGAAGGUGAACUUUUACAACAAUGGAGAGACUUUGUCGCUGAGGUGGAUCCUGAUGUUGUUAUUGGCUACAACAUUACAAAUUUCGAUUUCCCGUACCUGCUUGACAGAGCCAAGCAUUUAGGUGUAACCAAAUUCCCAUACCUGGGCAGAGUUCGAGGUACACGAACGGAGGCUCGAGACACAAAGUUCUCGUCGAAAGCAUACGGUACACGCGAAAACAAAUCCAUCAAUCUCGAAGGCCGUCUUCAACUUGAUUUGUUACAAGCCAUCCAACGUGAUUACAAGCUGCGCUCGUAUACCCUCAAUUCAGUCUGUGCUCAUUUUCUGGGCGAACAAAAGGAAGAUGUCCAUCACUCGAUUAUCACAGAACUUCAAAACGGAAACUCAGAAACGCGUCGACGUCUCGCCGUCUACUGUUUAAAGGAUGCUUUCUUACCAUUACGAUUGAUGGACAAGUUGAUGUUGUUAUUCAACUAUACGGAAAUGGCCAGAGUCACUGGUGUGCCUUUCAAUUAUAUUCUCGUACGAGGACAACAAAUCAAGGUCGUUUCUCAGCUGUACCGUCGAGCACUCGAGCAAGAUCUUGUGAUUCCUGUUGUCAAAUCAGAAGUGACGGAGGAACAAUACGAAGGUGCAACAGUGAUUGAUCCUGUCAAGGGCUACUAUGACAUGCCCAUCACAACGCUCGAUUUCACAUCACUGUAUCCAUCCAUUAUGCAGGCCCAUAAUUUGUGUUACACCACCUUGUUAUCGAAUGAUGUCAUCCAGAACCUCGGACUUGUCAAAGAUGAAGACUAUAUCGUCACGCCAAACAAUGAUAUGUUUGUCAAAUCAUCGCGUCGUAAGGGCUUGUUGCCGGAAAUUCUUGAAGAUUUGCUUGCUGCUCGUAAGCGUGCCAAAACCGACCUAAAGAAAGAAAAGGAUCCUUUCAAACGUGCUGUACUGGAUGGUCGUCAAUUGGCUUUGAAGAUCAGUGCCAAUUCUGUAUAUGGUUUCACAGGUGCUACUAUUGGUAAACUGCCAUGCUUGCAAAUUUCGUCCAGUGUCACGGCGUAUGGUCGACAGAUGAUUCUCAAAACAAGAGAAAUUGUGGAAAGCCAUUUUUCGAUCCAAAACGGUUACAAACACAACGCACAGGUCAUUUACGGUGACACCGAUUCUGUCAUGAUCAAGUUUGGUGUGGAUAAUCUAAAAGAAGCUAUGGACCUAGGAAGAGAAGGUGCCAAAAUCGUGACUGAACAAUUCAUCCGACCCAUCAACUUGGACUUUGAAAAGGUCUAUUUCCCGUAUCUUCUCAUUAGCAAAAAGCGUUAUGCCGGCCUGUACUGGUCCAAUCCUGACAAAUACGACAAGUUGGAUGCAAAGGGUAUCGAGACUGUUCGACGCGAUAACUGCCGUCUGGUAUCAAACGUGAUUCAAAAAUGUCUGGAUAAGCUGCUCAUUGAUCGUGAUGUGAUUGGCGCCCAAGACUACGUCAAGACCAUGAUUUCCGAACUCUUACAAAACAGAGUCGAUUUGUCACAACUUGUAAUUACCAAAGCGCUGAGCAAAUCGGAUUAUGCAGCAAAACAAGCACAUGUAGAACUUGCAGAACGUAUGCGCAAGCGUGAUGCAGGAUCAGCGCCUUCCUUGGGUGAUCGUGUAGCCUAUGUGAUUAUCAAAGCCAGCAACAACACACCAGCCUAUGAACGAUCGGAAGAUCCACUCUACGUCCUGGACAACAAUAUACCAAUUGAUACUCGCUACUAUCUCGACAACCAACUUUCAAAACCACUGCUUCGUAUUUUUGAACCGAUCCUUGGUGACAAAGCCGAAAGUUUACUGAAAGGAGCUCACACGAGAACUGUAAACAUUGCAACACCAACAGUCGGCGGUCUUAUGAAGUUUGCUGUGAAAUCAGCAACUUGCUUAGGAUGCAAAUCUCCACUUCCACGAGGCGAUAACUCUGCCGUGUGUAAAAACUGCAAGCCGAGAUUGAAGGAGCUAUACCAGCGUCAGGUGGAAACGGUCAGUGAACUGGAAACACGAUUCUCGCGACUGUGGACACAAUGCCAGCGCUGCCAAGAAUCACUUCAUCAAGACGUGAUCUGCUCCAACAAGGAUUGUCCUAUCUUUUACAUGCGUAAAAAGGCACAAAAGGAUGCCAAGGAAGCCUGUGAUCGUUUGGACCGUUUCAGAUACGAUUGGUAG